CACCACCGCACCACAUUCCCCGCCUAGGCUUCCUCCUAGCAGGCAAACAUCCAGGACCAAGCUGCAAGAUUUAUACGCUCUCCAUGAUCGUGUGAAUAAAGGAUACGCGGGUUUUUCUACCAAAUCCAAUCGAAGACGUCCGAUCGUACCGAGAAACUGCUCUAAAUAGCGUAAACUGUCGAUGCUGAUUUUGUCACCAUGGCAACAGAAGACAAGAAACCAGAGACUGAUACAAAACCUCCAGUUGUACCUUCAGCCUCUGCCAGUCAAAGCAAGUCUGCACCUGCCAAACCCAACUACAGCCUGAAGUUCACGUUAGCUGGUCACACUAAGGCCGUCUCCUCCGUCAAGUUCAGUCCUAGCGGGGAGUGGCUCGCAAGCUCAUCUGCUGAUAAGCUCAUUAAAAUCUGGGGAGCUUAUGAUGGCAAGUUUGAGAAAACCAUAUCCGGACACAAACUUGGUAUAUCUGACGUGGCCUGGUCGUCUGACUCCAACCUGCUGGUUUCUGCAUCAGACGACAAAACCCUGAAGAUCUGGGACGUGAGCUCGGGAAAAUGCUUGAAAACUCUAAAAGGUCACAGCAACUACGUCUUCUGCUGCAACUUCAACCCUCAGUCCAACCUUAUCGUGUCAGGAUCGUUUGACGAGAGCGUAAGGAUAUGGGACGUGAAGACUGGGAAAUGUUUGAAAACGCUGCCAGCGCACUCGGACCCCGUCUCCGCCGUUCACUUCAACAGAGACGGAUCCCUGAUUGUGUCCAGUAGCUACGACGGCCUAUGUCGGAUCUGGGACACUGCUUCAGGACAGUGUCUAAAAACACUCAUAGAUGACGACAACCCACCGGUGUCAUUCGUCAAGUUUUCCCCCAACGGGAAAUACAUUCUCGCAGCCACACUGGACAAUACGCUGAAGCUGUGGGACUACAGCAAAGGGAAGUGUUUAAAAACAUACACCGGCCACAAGAAUGAGAAGUACUGCAUAUUUGCUAAUUUCUCCGUCACCGGUGGAAAGUGGAUCGUGUCGGGAUCCGAGGACAACAUGGUUUACAUCUGGAACCUGCAGACCAAGGAGAUCGUGCAGAAGCUCCAGGGCCACACAGAUGUGGUUAUUUCCACCGCCUGCCACCCGACAGAGAACAUCAUCGCUUCGGCGGCUUUAGAAAAUGACAAAACCAUCAAGCUAUGGAAAAGCGACUGCUAAGCCCUUUGGAGCUUUUGGGGCCAUUCAUAUUUCUUUUUUUUUUUUUAAUAAUUUUUUUUUUUUUUUUUUUUUUUUUUUUUUUAAUUGUUCAAUGUUUCAUUGUAAGAAAAGAGAACUUUUUUUCUAACAGAAAGCCCCCGCCGGACGCCAGAGGGUCUUUCAGGUAAUGUCAUUCAGCAGAGACAACCAAAUGAGACACUUACGAGCUGCACAUUCAGUCUUUCACGCCCUGGACACGUGAGACUUUUUCACUUUUUUUUUUUUUUUCUGUGCCGGUCUGAGAUGUCUCAUUCGGGGGGAAAAUGGUGAUUGUAGUUAAUCUUCACUGUAACGUCGAUAAUCAUACCUGGUGCUUCGGUAAUUUUUUCAUGAAUUGUGGCUUCAUACCAGCUCAUACAUUUAAUAAAUUCAGUGUUUUUUUGGGCCUGUA